AACAUUUCUCUCCACUCAACUCAAAAUCUAAAGUACAAACCCUAGACUAGUUGAAUUUCACUGUUGCUAUAAUCCUUUGUCUGUUCUCCAAAUUCAUUACAAAAUUUGAAUCCGCUAUCACAAGUUAUGUCUUGUUUCUCAGAUCAAUUUUCUCUCCACCUUACCCCAAUCAAUUCACAAUCCAUUUUCUCAUAUCACGAGUUUUAUUUGAAUCUACUUCUAUUGUUUUCUUUUUCUUCUACUGAUUAGGUACUUUUCCCAAUGUCUGAUUCCGAGAUAGUGGUUCCACCGGCGAUGAAGAGAAUCAAGCUCAACGACAGUGAAAAUAAAGAUAGACUCAGCCAUUUACCUGAUAGCGUUAUCAUUCACAUACUCUCUUUUUUGAACACCAAGCUCGCAGUUCAAACUUGCAUUUUGUCCAAAAAAUGGAAACAUUUCUGGAAACAUCUUCCAAAUAUUACACUGCAUUAUGCAGAUUUUGGGGCUUACGAAAAAUUCGCCAGAUUAGUGUCUAAGAUUUUAUCUCUCCGCGAUUCCUCUAUCUCGCUGCAGGCUUUUGAUUUUAAGCAUAGUAAUGAUCGUGUUGAGCCGGAGCUGGAAAAGAUUCUGAAUUAUGCUAUUUCACACAAUGUCGAGAGGUUAGGACUUGAUUUCUAUGGUGACAUUGGGCAAAUUCCGUCCUCCAUGUUUUCAUGUUGGACUUUAACACAUCUUAAGCUUUUUAUUCACAAUGGUGGUAGUGGGCGUGAAACACUGUUUCCAAAAUCUGUCGAUUUGCCGGCAUUAACCAACUUGCAACUAGGGAAUUUUGCAUUUGGUGUUUAUGAUAAUGACCGUGCUGAGCCAUUUUCGACGUUUAAAAGGUUGAAUAGUUUGCUCAUUUCCAAUUGUAUUGUGAGCGGUUUUCCAAAAAUUCUUUGUGUAUCAAGUGUGACACUUGUCAAUUUAACUUUGUAUAAUCAGAUAUACAACUCUUACAAAAUUGAUCUUUGUACACCAAGUCUUUGUAAGUUUGGUUUUAUCGGUACUCCUUAUCAGAAACUAUCUGGGAGCAAUGUUUCUUCUCUUAAACAUGUAGAUAUUGAUGCGGAUAUAUUUUCACAUUCUGAGGGCCCUCCUUUGUUUCUCUUUAGCUGGCUGCUAGAGUUUGUUAAUAUAGAAUCGUUGAUGGUCACCGCAACUACUCUUCAGAUUCUCUCCAUAUUUCCUAAUGUGUUGAAGAAUAGAUUACCUUCCUUGCGUAAAUUGAAGUCAUUGAAAGUGAAAAUGGAAGAACUUUCCGAUAAGUUUCGCAUGACACUGAGGAGUGUCCAGUUACGGAAAGCCAUGUCACUAAGAGAAGCCGAUAGGAUAGAAAAAGCAUUUAAAGCAGGAUUGAUACCUUCUUCACCCGUACCUGAUGGAAUAGUGAACUUCUUGCUUCAAAAUUCACCCUUGGCAAAAGUUGACUUCAUAGAAUGCUCAAGGCAACCUGGUGAAGAGAGAUCUUUAUAAUCGUAAGUGCUCGUUUAAACACUUGCACAAUCUUACAGUUGUGUGGCGCACUGUGCUUAAUGUUGAUGGGAGUUACCCAAGUGAUGUUGGUAGAGCGGGUUUUGGUGGCUUACAGUAUUCUUUUCUGUAUUAUGGAUCAUAUGCUUUGUUUAUCAUGUUAUCUUAACGACUCUGUUAGUCUGUUAUUCACAACUUGCACCACUGUACUGGUGCUCAAACUGAGUUCAAGUUGCCCCAAUUGAACUUCACUUAUGGAAACUUAAAAUGGAA